AUGGUGUCUGAAGAAACGUACAAGCUGUGCCUGCACAUCCUGAACAAUGAGGACGACAACGAGGAGGAAAAGGCCGAGAAGCUGGAGGCCUUCCUGCGCGACCAGUCGUCCCUGGCCGGCUCCGCCCUCGAGAACGCGGUGCUCGACGUCCUCUGGCGGCACCGCAGCUCCUCCAUGGCCGAUGCCUCGCAGCCCCCCGUCCGGCACACGGUCAUUCGCCGCUCCUCGCCCGCGCCGUGGCAGAUGGCUCGCUCAGCGACGCCGCUCUCCUCCCCUUCGCACACCGGGUCCAGCCCCGUUGCCCAGUCUGGCUUCCCCGUACCCCGUGGGGGAUUCCCUCGCGCGCCCAGGUCCCUGACGGCGUCUCCCUUCACCUCGCCUCGCCCGUCUCCGCGCCUGGGAAAGGUGCUGCCCAUCCCGCACAGCCCCAAUCUCAAUACUUAUUCCUUCUCAGAGCGUGGUCCUGCCCCCGAGAUAUACGGUGAUCUCGGCAGUGACAACGUCGAUUGGCUGGUCAACGAAGAUGCAAAAAGCACCGCUUCCUCCACGGGCCUCAGUGCCGCUGCUCCAGAAUGGGUUGCGCCGCCGGACAUGAGCCCCUACGAUAUCCUCAGAUCGGUGCUGGGCGAGCGCAAGACGAACGAGGAGAUCGAGCAUGCCCUCGAGGCCAACGGAUAUGACCUGGGAGCCACAAUUGCAUCCCUGACUGAACAGGACCACCACAGCCACCAUAGUAGUAGUAACCACGGCCAUGGUCAGCACCACCUGGAGACCCCGUCUCUCUCUUCCAGCAAUGAAGGCCGCGUCCUGAUAGGCAAGUCUACAGCCAUGGACCCUGCACGGCCAGUUACUCCGUCUACCUCUGCGCGCACUCCUGUGGUCUGCAAAUAUUGGUUAUCUACCGGCCAGUGUCUGCGUAUGGACUGUCGGUUUAGCCAUGACCUCACCAGCCAUGUUUGCAAAUACUGGCUGAUGGGCAACUGUCUUGCAGGAGACUCAUGCCCCUUUUCCCAUGAUCCAUCCUCUUUGAUAGGCAGCAUGAGCCUUGGAAGUGACAACCUGAGCGUUGCUGGUUACUCUGCGAACAAUGCCGCCGCCGCUGCUGCCCAGCAUCAGCAUCAGCAUCAACAGCAGCAUCAACAGCAGCAACAGACCAGCCUCUACCCGCUGCAGGACAACUACGAGGCCUUUCCUCCGCUCCAGCCUCCGUCUACAUCUUCAUCCGCAGCCACGACUUCCAACAGCAUCACCGCCGACCAGUGGCAUCACCGCAGCCAGAUGCAGUUCAUGGCCGGCAGCCCUCAGAUGCGGCCCGGCUCAUCGAGCAGUAUCAAGAACAAGAACAUGCUGAACCCGUCGGCUACGCGCUCUCACUCGCGGCCUGGGAGUAAACACCAGAGCCGCGAGCAGCCAGCCACCUCUGCUCCCGCAGUGGACGACCCUGAGGCGUUUCCGACGCUUCAGGCUCUCAACAGUCGUCCCGGCAAGAAACACCACGGCAAACGUGGUACGCAGCAUCGAGAGGUCACCAAGGCCAGAGACGCGUCCGGCACAUCAUUAGCCGAUGCGGUUCGCAUGUCUCCUUCCGCGAAGAAGGGAGCUCAGAAGGGUGCUAGAUCCUCUGCCAGUGGCACCACCAGAGAGAUCAGCGCGGAGGCCCAGGCCAUCCCGUCGCCCAAGCACAUCCCCUGGCUCGAAACCGGCGUCGAGUGGACGCAGCCUUACUUGAAGUACCGUGUGGAUGCCAUCACCCACGGGAACGUGAGGAACAAGUUCCUCCAAAGUGCUGCGCAGGCCUGGAACCGUAAUGAUGCGCGGGCCGCUAAGGCUCUGUCGCUCCGGGGCCAGGCCGAAAACGACGCUAUGCGUCGUUGCCACCGAGAGGCUGCCCGGCUGCUCUUCGAAGAGGGCCGUAAGCGCAUUGCCGACAACGACGACGAGUUCUACGUUGACUUGCACGGUCUAGUCCCGACCGAGGCGAUCGCGUACCUCGACAACAUCCUCAAGGAGAGCUCCCAGCUGCGGGAGCAUUUUCUCUACGUCAUCACCGGAAGUGGCCAUCACAGCAAGAAUGGCAAGGACAAGGUCGGCAAAGCCGUCAAGGGCUGGCUGACGGAGCACAGCUAUGUGUUCCGCGACUUCAGCGUGCCCGGCGAACGUGGUGGUUUCGUUGCCUUUGUGAUCGGAAUCAACCCUACGGCUACCGCCAACAGUGGUCGAGACUCGCCUUCUCCCACUUCCCCUGCCAUCUCAAAGGCCCAGUCUCAGACCCAGAGCCAGAGUCAGAGCACCGACAAACCCACCGGAGAGAUCAGCAAGGCCGUUGCUGCCGCCGCCGCCGCUGCUGCUGCCGCAGCUAGCGCGGCUACUACUGAUGCAACCCCUGCCAGAGAUGACACCGGCGACGAGGACGGAAGCGUAACUGCAGCAGAGGCAUCCUCUUCGUCUCCUGAGCCUGGUCCCGUCCUCAAGAUGGGCAAGAUUCAGCUGCUGAAGCGAGACGGCGCUGCAACCAAGGCAUGA